AUGGCGCCCAUAGCCGAUGCCAUCUUUGCCAGAGAAGAUCCAGCGAAGCUUGCUGCUGCGCUGGGAAUCCCACCUAAUGUAGACCCGAGGCCCAUACUACUCGCGCUGCCCGGUAUGAUGGGCGAUGCUGUACCAAUUGGAGCGGAUAGGACAAUGACGUUGGAUGCGCCGGAUCAGAACUGGUUUUUGAUUGUAUCGAUUCUUUGCAUUGCAUUUGCUGGAAUCUUCCUUAUGAUACGGGUAUAUACAAAGCUGGCGAUAGUAAAAUCGUUCGAGCUUGCGGACUGUGAGUGCUUCCUCAAGUCAGUAUCGUUGGGGCUGAACACUGACAUGCUGAUAGACUUCCUGUUUCUGACCUUCCCACUCAUCUUAGCAGAAGUGGGGAUCGGCUAUCAGAUGGUGAAGUGGGGUUCUGGCGUACAUCAGUGGCAGGUCACGAAUGACCAACUGUUUCACCAGCUCUAUUGGGCGAAUAUAGGACAACUGGUCUACUGUCCACUAAGUUUUUUCGUAAAGAUGGCCAUCCUGGUCCAGUACCUUCGCCUGUUCGCACCAAGUCGCAGCGUCAACCAGGCCAUGUUCUUCGGUGCCUGGGGGACUAUCAUCUCGUGCACGAUUCUCUAUACCGUUCUGAUAUUCUGGACCGCGUUUUAUUGCCAUCCAAGGAAAGCUAUCUGGGACAAGCUCACACCUGAUGCGAAGUGCUCCGAUGUGAACGACAUUACAUUGGCACAGGGUGCUUUUAACAUGGCAUCCGACAUCAUUAUCCUUAUACUUCCAACAUCUGGAUUGUGGAAGCUGAACGUUCCGCUGGGUCGUAAGAUUGCAGUUACAUUGUUGUUCGCUACGGGUCUGCUAGCGUGCAUUGCAUCGGCUAUGCGCAUUGUAUUUACAGUCAAGAUCGCCCCUGUGAUCACCGAAGCCGACGUCUCACAUAAUGCCCUUUUUAUCGGUCUCUGGACCGAAACUGAAUGCACGCUCGGAUUUGUGGUCGCAUGCGCCCUCUGUCUCCCCAAGCUGAUACAGGCUAAAGGCAAGAAGCUCAAGCGCGCCAUGUCCAAAGCCUCAUCCCCGUUCAACUCUCUACGGAGCGGCCUGAGCAACAUGUCCCGAAGCGGCACCUUCAACCUAUCUCGAGGCGAGAAAUCUCGAAACAACACCUUGAAUAAUUCACGGAGCGACACUAUGCAGAUCACUUCCCGCAAGAGCACACAACAGCCCCAAGCACCUAACCAAUUCGUCGAAAUGAACGAACUCCAACAGAGCCCGCCCUCCAUGAGCGAGGAGUUCGAACUCCCUCACGAGCAUCGAUACACGCACCUCGGCCCACCGUCAUCUGGCAGCAGCAUGUAUUCACAGUCUAUGGGGCUCAACUCUACUUCUGAAACUCCCGCUAUGAGCAGGGACAACAGCACGAAGACGGUGCCGAAGCCGUUACACGUGCCCAAAGCGUCAAGCAGUGAUAUACAUGAUAGUAUACGAAGUCCAACCAAUAGGAUAACAAGAGACUACAUGAGCCCCGAGCAGUUGAGAGAGGAGAUUCAUACGUUGCAAGCGUUCAAAUUUGACCCGAUCCUGGCUGCCCUUGCCGCCGUCGAGGCUGCUCCGAUCGGCGACGAACCAACUGCUACAAUCAUGGCCUCUUGGGUCGGUGACGAGUCGAUUGCCACAGUCAUUGCAUCUGGGGUCGAAGCGACGGGCUACUAUACGGGAUACACCGGAUACACUGCGACUGUGGACGCAUCAGCAGUAGCAGAGGAGACAGCUCUAGUCAGAUACCGUUUUACCCCUGGUGGCAACAUUGUGUGA